UGCCCGGCUCAGGAGUGUCCUCUCGGAAGCCCUAGCUUGAGCUGGAGAGAGACGAAGGAGUGAAAAAAUACAAAAGACUGAAGGAUCGUCUAAAGCAGACACAGCCACUCACUCAGUCACACUUAAGUAGUGCUUCAAAGCCUACAUACAGGCAGACUUACUCCUUCACAUCCUGCAGACUGCAGCAUAUACACUGCAGAGAUGCUUUCCCGCCUGCCUCGCUUGACUCCCGGCUACAUCCGCUACCUGCAGACCCAGGCCAUGCAGACGAUCGCCCACAGGGCUGGUGAUGUGGUGAUGCCGCGGCUGGCUGUGCUCCUCGGGGCUCUGGGUAUUGGGAUGUCAGGUUAUAGCUCUCGUCAGCUCGCCCUACACCACCACCCCUCCACUCGAGUGCUACAGUGGCUGGAGAGAACAGCGCCCCCACAUGGUCAAGCAACUUCCACCAUGGUCACCCAACUGCAGAACCUCAGCCAGCAUAGCCCUGCCACUAAAGUGCCUUAGAUAGAGGGUUUGUCCAGCAGAUGGCGCUGUAGCUGUGAGCCAGUCAUGCCUGGUUGUAUUUUUCUGUCAAGUUCUCUUGAGUGGAACACAAGAGGCCAUUUUCUAGCCUGUGACAGUGACUGAGUGUUUGAUGUGACGCCAUCCUAAGUACUCAAUUUUCCAGCAUAAGUGCUGUGUUUUUCAUCAGUUUUACGGUGUAAACCAGCCUAGACCAGCCUGGACCAGCAUCUGUACUGGUUUUUACAGCUGUUUUACAGUAUAAACCAGCCUAGACCAGCCUGGACAGGCGUCUGUGCUGGUGUUUACAGCAGUUUUACAACAUAAACCAGCGUAGACCAGCCUAGACCAGUCUGGACCAGCAUCUGUGCUGGUUUUUACAGCAGUUUUACACCAUAAACCAGCCUGGACCAGCAUCUGUGCUGGUUUUUACAGUAGUUUUACAGUAUAAACCAGCAUAGACCAGCCUGGACCUGCAUCAGUGCCGGUUUUUACAGCAGUUUUAAAGUAUAAACUGCAUAGACCAACAUGGACCAGCAUCAGUGCUAGUUUUUACAGCAGUUUACACCAUAAACCAGCCUAGACCAGCCUGAACCAAUGUCCGUGCUUGUUUUUACAGUAGUUUUACAGUAUAAACCAGCCUAGACCAGCCUGGACCAGCAUCAGUGCCGGUUUUUACAGUAGUUUUACAGUAUAAACCAGUGUAGACUAACCUGGACCAGCAUCAGUGCUAGUUUUUACAGCAGUUUUACAGCUGAAACCAGCAUAGACCAGCCUGGACCAGCUUCUAUGCUGGUUUUACAGCAGAGAAGCCAUCAGAAGAGCAAACAACCUUUGCUUAAUGGUCAGAUGAUUAACCAGCAGUCCUUGAAGAUGAGUACUGAAGAACUGUAUGAAGCAGACCAAGCCAUUCCAAAAGUCUUCAAACAGUCAUGAUGCUUUCCCUCACAUUAAUGGCCAGAUGCCAUUCUAUGUGGCGAGAGUUCCUUACUCCAAAUCACCAGAGUCUAGUCUCACAGCUUUGAGCUACGCUCUAGACAUGAAGAUGAGGUUGAUUUAGUAGAUAAUCUUUCAAUAUUGUGUUAUGAAAAGCCUUGAAAAGUGCCUUUGUCAGCCCUGAAGUUGAAUGCCAUGAGACAGCUGCUCUUUUUCCCAAAUGGCUGAUAGAUGUUACAGCAGCAGCUGGUUUUAUAUGGAAGACAGAGCUCAUUUGUAACAUGAUCAGCCAUUGUAGUGUUUUGUAUCGUGCAUUUUGCAUUUUAACCUUUUCUAAACCAGUCUAUGUGAACUGGGUGUACCAUUCUUUAUGCAGAAGACAUAGAGAUGCACAUAGAAACAGCACUAGCUCAAUAGUUGUAUGGGUGUACUUAGGCAGGCUUGUCAAAAUGGUGAGAUUUCGUGCUAGCUGGGAGCCAAAUGGCCAACCAGUUCAAGAUUUGAAGCACUUGUUACAGCAGAUGGCAGGCUCAUUUUAGCUGGAGCGACACAGAUUUUCAUUCCAAACAGCCAUUUAAGCCAUCUAGGGCCAGUCCCAAGAUAGUCUUGGUUCUGAUCAGAUCAGACUUUAAAAAGAAUCAUUUAAAACCUAACUGCUAACUCAAGACCGAACAGAACAGACGCCGAGUCGUCUGCAUGUAAACAGGCUCAUGUAAGCUGCAUGUUUGGUUUUUAAGUCGCAGCCUCAUUGCACCUUCUUUAAUUAGUCAGUAAGAUGGGGCUGGCAUCAUCACAGCAGCCAUGAUAACGGAUAUGAGCGCUAAGCUAAUUUGCUCACUAUGGAUUAGGCCAGGUGCGCCCUCACGCACAUGUAAUCCCAGGUUAAGACCAGCCACUAGAGCCCAAAAUGAAGGAGACUGAGUGUGCUGAAUCACUUGGAGGAUAGCAUAUGUCUCAGAAAGAGGACUGUGUUAGCUUGUUACGAUGCUAACAUGAUGGUAAUUGUUUACUGUGAGUGUGCUAGCAAGACGUUUCUGGUGUCUAACUGUAUGGUUUGUAAAGUAUCUUCAUUAGAUAUUCACACAAUUGAUGCAUCUUCCGUUAGACUGAUUCACAUGAAAAUGAAUCUUUUGUAUCACAGACAAACAGGCUAAGCGAAAAUGCUAAAGCUGAAUAGCAGUAUCAUCGAUCAAGCCUGGCCUGGAAGUUGCUGAAUGGUGAUAGUAUAAAGUGUGUUCUUCCUAAUAUGUAGCCCCUUUGUGAAAUGUUCCAAAUAGAUUCAGAACCCCAGAGGACGCUAAUGAAGAUAGCGAGAGGAAGGGCUACAUUAAGGAUUGCUCUAAUCCGUCUAAUCGAGCGGCAACAGAGCCAGCUGUGCAUGUUUGUGUGCGCCAAGUCAGAGUUUUAGAGAUUAGGCUCGAGACGUGGAAGAAUAACCGUCUGCCCUGGCGGUUGUAGACGCUAAUCAGCUCAGAUCAGGUCAGGAGCAGGCCUACGGAUAGGCCUGUUGAUUGGUCAGCAGUAGGCCAAGUCCUGUGGAUGGCCAUUCAGAGUGGUUUGAUAUGAAAUGGCUUCCUGUAGAGAAACUCAGAUUUCUUUACAGUGGUGAUGAUGGGAACCAGGGGUCACCAAGACUACAACACAAAUAUAGACAUU